AUGAAUGGACCCGGCCAUCCUCUCUCCCACCAAUCUGGUGCGAGCCAACUUUUCCCUGCGAAUUCUCCAGCGUUUACUUCGACGUCUCUCACUUCGGCGCCAGCGUACGGAGCAGUCACAAAUGUCCAGACUCAUCGCAGAAUACAAGAUUCUAGUGGGAUUCAAAUGCCUGCUCCAUCUAUGCCUCCCGAAACAUCCUCGACCUCACAGUUGCCUUCAGGCUGGAGCACGCCAUUGAGACAAACGAGCCGCUCGUGCCGCUAUGGCCGCAAAAGGUUCAGGUGGCGGUUCUCCUGCCCUAUCCGAAUGAUGAUCGCUGUCCACGAAGAAUUACCGUUCCAACCGCAAUCGCAAGGAUCUUGCCCGCGCGCACGGAAACUCAGCAUAUAUCAAAAAGAGACGUUCCUGGUGUCGCAGAACGGUCCCGAAGUGAGCAUCCUGAAAACGUUCGAGAGCCCGCUGUAUCGGUUCAGCCAGAACGAUGCGACACGGAGGAUCGAACGGGACAAGGUGGUGUAUUUGGGAUGCGGGUGCAAUGUCUCUCUUGAGAAUGUUGAGUAUAAUCUGGGUAACUGGAUGCGCCACUGGGAUUGGUGUGUUGGUAUCGAGAAUGCGAUUUUGAGUUCUGUGCUGGAUGCUUGGGGAAUUCGGACUGCAAAUUCUUCUGUGGGGCGACCGUGA